CAACUAUAAACUAUCCGCUAGAUGUCACCAGUAAGCUAGAAGACAGCAUAUUUCAGAAACUAUUUCCUAUUUCCGUCUAAACUCUGAGCGUUUUUACAAUUUAUCUUAAUGAUGGAUAAAACUAAGAGUAAACUUCCCAAGCAGGCCGCUUCUCCUGCUGCCAAGAAAGAGAAAAAGUCUAAGGCCGGUAAAAAAGAAAAGAAAGUUGUUCCCAAAAAAGUUGUUAAGCUUUUGACCCACAGAUCAACUCGACCAUUAUGGGCUAAAAUUAAGCGUGCGGCUAAAAAGAAGGGUGUUGCUCCUGAUACCUUAGUCAAGCAAAAGCCCAAGUUUGUGGUAAAACCAAUCGGAGGAGAAAAGAAUGGUGGCAAACGUUUGGUUAGGGUGAAAAAAGAGCAAAGGUUCUAUCCAACUGAGGUCAAGCCUAGGAAACGUAGAACAGGCAAAGUCUGCUUUUCUAUGCACAAGAAGAACUUCAAAAAAGGUAUUUCACCAGGACGUGUAGUUAUCCUCUUAGCUGGUCGUCAUAAGGGUAAAAGAGCAGUUGUUUUGAAAACUUUACCUAGUGGUAUGCUUAUGAUCACUGGACCCCAUAAAAUCAACGGAUGUCCACUUAGACGAAUGCAUCAAAUGUACACUAUUGUGACUAGCGUAAAACUGGACGUUUCUGGAGUAAAAGUUCCAGAGCAUAUUAAUGAUAAAUACUUCAAGAGUCGUAAGUUUGCUCGUCUAAAGGCUAAAUCAAAGAAAGGAGCAGGUAACAUCUUUGAAACAAAGUCUGCAGAUUACAAGCCUAACCUUCAACAUCGUAAAGAUCAAGUUGAAGUAGACAAGCAAAUAAUUGACGUUAUUCGAAAACAUCCCGAUAAGAAGCUCAUGUUCGGUUACCUUGGUUCUUAUUUCUGUCUUCGUAAUAAUAUGUAUCCUCAUAAAAUGAAGUUUUGAUGGUUGACUAAAUUUUUGGAAAUAAAUUAACUCCAAUGAAAAAGCUUACCUUUGUAUUGGUCAUUAAUUUUCCAACUGCAUUAAAUUAUCUAAUUAAAACCAGUCGCUGUUGAAGCCAAAA